CUCUUGUAACUAUUGUUGGGAUGCUUGCAGAAUCAGGCCAGCCGAUGGCGCCAAAGGUCCUUGUCCACCAUUCAAGUCUGUCAAAGAAGAAGAAAAACAAAGAGGAGCAAAAGCAGAACUGACGAAGAGUCAGGGAAGAGUCCCAUUUUCCUGUGGGACAGCUGUCAUCAUGGCUGCAUUCUGGUGUUUAUUGUGACAGCAGACACAAAGAUGAUGAACGACAUCCUAGAAGAACCAGAGAAGGACUCACUGCUGGAGGCCCAGCCGGAGAAGCGGACUCCGUCAGGCCCCAGCAGUGGUGCUAGACCUAAGAGCACAGAUGGAGGCAUUAGGUCCAUAGAAAAGAGGGGUCCUUACAUCAUGUCUAGAGCUCCAGCCAUUCACCUGAAACUACAGAAACACAGAGAGAUGGCAAGAAAGGCCCUGAAGAAGAAAGCUCUCUCACCAGGGCCUACAGUGACUCAUCAGCCCAGACAAGGAGCGAAGAGGUUGGUGAAGUAUAAUAAGGGCUACACUGCCCUGAGUCAACAUGCUGAUGAGACUUUGGUUGCACUGGACUCAGACAGUGAUGAAGAGAUCGAUUUUGAGCAGUAUUCUUCAGGAUACUCUUCAGCAGAGGUCCAUCCUGAUUUAAGCAAACAGCUGCUCCAGGAUGGCUACCGUCUGGAUGAGAUCCCUGACGAUGAGGACCUGGACCUCAUACCUCCCAAAGCCAUGGGCUCCACCGUGUGCUGCUGCUUCUCUGAGGGCUCUUCCUGUUCCAUGCAGUGAUUCUGCUGAUCUCCUCAGUCAUCUGGAACCAAAGGCUGGGCUCUGGAUUGUAUUGCUAGAUGGGAUCACAGGUACAUGGCCGCCUUUUUCCUGGACCAGCUUCACUGCUGGUCAGCUUGAGGACCGUUGGCCGUGAGGCCGGAGUCGUAAUCACUAGAGCACUGCAUGGAGAAAGAUCUGCCCGGAGGACAAGAGCAGACGGAUGUACACGUAAGGACGGGCCUUAUCCACUGUGAUCACAAAGCUUGACUUAUUUUCUACUUUUCUUCUUAUGAAACUAAAAGACGAACUUACACAGUCUUGACACUGACUGAUGGUGUAAGUCUUUUUUUGGAUGAAUCCUCAGUGGAUAGCUGGUUACAUUUUAGUGUAUUGUCAUUCCAUAAUUGAUUUUGUGAUUUUUUUUUAUACAUAUUUACGUACAUUUAUUAACAUUAACUGGGCGUUCUCUGUUGUUUCAUUAUAGUUAUUAUGGAUAAUAAUAUUAACAAUGUACAACAGUUAAAAACCCAAAGAAAACACCAUUUAAAUAGAAGCUUUUUUCCAGGGACUAUGGUUUCUUCCUAGACUCCCUCUAAAAAGGUGCAGGAUUAGAUUAACCAGACCAAAACUGACCCAGGGUAAUAACAUCAGUAUGAAUGGUUGCUUGUCUCUACAGUACAUGAGUUCUUGCGAUGAACUGGCGAACUGUCCAGGGUGUACAGCGCCCUCGUCUGUUGACAGCUGGGAUCGCCUCAAAACUGUAGAAGACGAAUGGAUGAAUGAAUUAUCUGUAUGCCUCAUAUAUGAUGGUUAAUGUUUAGGCAUGUGCUGUGGUCAUACUAAUCUGUGACACAAGGCAAUUAAAGGUGAUUGCCUGUUACCUGCUGGUAGUCACAGAACCCAAUAACCUCUAGUGCAGUGUUUAUCAACCUUGGGGUCAUGACCCUAUGUGAGGUUGCCUGGAAUUCAAAUGGGCUCGACUGAAAAGUAUAGUAAUUGAUACAAAACGCUACUGAUAAAAAUACAUUUUCAACUAAUUAUUCACCUUCUUAAAAUUAUUGAUUCAAACACACAUGUUGUGCAAUACUCUGACUGCUCUGUAUUUGCAACACAAUAUAAAAAACGUGAUAACAAACUAACAGAAAACUACAAUAUAUAUAUAAUGCAAAAUAUAAGCAAACAAGUUACUGAAGGACCUCACUGGUCACUCAACUGAUGUGUGAUUUUCUGUCAUAGCUUGAGUCCAGGAGACAUGUUGCAACUCUUUCUUAAAGAGGAAAGGCAUUAAAUAAAAAACACACACAUACAUAUAAAACAUAUAUAUAGCCACACAUUCAAGAGCAUUCCUUAUUAUAACAACGCAGGCUUAAAGAUGGAUAUUACAAUUUGUAAUUGAUUUGGUUUUUUUUUUGUUAAAUACUGCUUUUGUCCACUUUUGUUUUGUUAAAAAUGUUACAGCAAGACCAAAUACAGGCCUUCAGGUGUGUAGAUGUUGGCAGAGUUACAUUAAUGCAUUUCAUUUAUUUAUUACCUGUUUGACACUACAGUGGCUCCUAAGGAUGACAAUAUAGACAUGUGUACACUGCUUGGCUAUAUUUCUAUAUUGCGAAAGAUCAUAUUCACUGUUGUGUCUUUCUUUCUAUGACAGACAGAAAGUUUUACUCUGUAUUAUGUUUAGUUUUUACAGCCUACGUCAUAUUUUUGCUAUUAACAAUGAUUUUCUUUCAAUUCAUGCAUUGAGUAUCAUUGUGUUUAAUUUUUUUUUUAUCUAGUGUGGCUGCGUGGCUGGAAAACACCUUUUCUUUUGACAAAUAUGUAAAAAUAAAUAACACAACCAGAAUAAAUGUUACUGUGUAUUGGAGCAAUACCACAGUCAAAAUUAAUUUAUAAAGCAUCAAAAGAACUGGUGAGAGUAAAGACCAAGUGUUAACCAGAGGACUGAAAAUAUACAACAAUAUUUGCUCAACAAGUACAAGCCUGUUAAGUACUUGCCAAGUGUUUCUAUCAUUUCAUAAAUCCACCAACUCGGGAUAAGCUUUAAAAACUCAAUAAUUGGAGCACCUAAGUACUUACUAACCUACUUAAGAUUCCCACCCCCAUCAGCUGAGUGUGAGCUGAUCUAUGUAAAGCACCAAGUGCAAGUCACCGAUUACAAAUGUGACUAAAAUGCUUACAUGUAAGUUGGACCAACCCCUGACCCGUGAACCACUUGAUGUUUUCAUGUAGAGGUCUAUACCACUCCCACCAGGAUCAGUAGCAAGUACAUUCAAAUCACCUGUACUAUGCAACUAUAGGGACAAUCCUGCAUGUUAUCAAUCACCAUGCUUUUGAGUGAAAUGCAAUAAAUGUUUUUUUGUUUUUUUGUAUUGGUUUACACUAACACUUUUUAUUUCAUUGUGCGCUGUUUUAUUUUAAACUAUUAAAUAAAACACAUUUAUAUACA